AUGGACAACGUGCGAUACAACCGCGUCUCAGUGGUCUUGAGCCUCGGCUUCCUCCUCAACCUUGUGCUCAUGCCGUUGAAGGCGUACAUGAGCGAAGCAUCUCCCUUUGAUGACAAGCAGUUUGCACUCGUCUCGGCCAACGCGAUCCCGGAGGUCAACCACACCGUCUCGAUGGCCUUUGCCAAAACGCUGCAAGCGCGCUUCGUCAACGUCACGUCCCCGUACACUUAUGACGCGUCGCUCAGCGCUGAGAUUGUGCGCAACGUCGUGCCGUACAACGCCAGUGGCUGCAACGACCAAGUCCUCACGCGCAUCACCGGCAGCAUCUACUGCCCGUUCGACCUGCCAUCGAAACUCACGGCCUUUCUCUGCGGCAGGUCGUCGACGCCGAUCGCUCGGGUCGGCACUGCCUACAUGAUGAACGCGCCCACGGGCGUCUUCGCGUUCUGGUCGUCGCCGGGCGACGUGACCGGCGCCGGCGCCAGUGCAACCACGGCGACGACGAUUACCUUCAUGUACGCAACUGUGCGCUACUCGCUGUUUUGGCUCACGACCAAGUUUUGCGUCCGCUUUGGUCUGAGCCUGCUCAUCGGUGUUGAGGCCUACCGCCUCUACUACCGCCACGUGCGGACGCUGCGCCGAUUACUGCGGUCGCACCCGCUGCACCCGACGCCCACGAACGCGGUGCGAUACGAAAUUGUGUUUGGCGAACCCACGUCGCUCGUGGUGUGUCACCCGCUCGUGAUUGCCGUCUUUAUGGUCGACUUUUGGAGCAGCGUAGAAGUCGUGGCCCAAGCCAUUUUACGCGUGUCCCAGACCAAAGCCCUCUACUACACGGGCCUCGGCGCGAUGUUUCUCAGUCGGUCGGUCUGGUUCUCGUACGCGACGCUGACGGCGCUGAACCGGUACCUCAAGUGGCGCCGCCGCGCCGCGCUCUUUCGCCCGAGCAGCACGACCGUCGUCGCGAUGGCAUCGUUCACCUUUGCAGGUCUCUCGACGAAUGCGCAAAAUGCGUGGCUCCCGACGCUCUUGCUCUACACCCACAUCUCCAAGCCUCUGGCCGAGGCACCGAGCGACAGCGAGUACUACACGACGCAGGCACUUCCGGCGUCCAUCUUGUACUCGAUCUCGCUCUGUGGGAUCCCUUUUUUGCUGGCGAUUCCCCGGUUCACACUUCGCCGGCUCCGAGAGUGGAUGCAUCCUAUUGUCAAGUACACCCAAGUGCCGGUGGGGGGCCCCCGCGAUGUGCGUUAUCGCCUCAUGGCGUGGUACUGUCGCCUUCAGCACAUUUACUCUGGCCGACGCGUGCUCGGUGGCAGCGUCUACGAUCUCUUCAACAUCGACUCGCGCUUUCGGAGCAUGAUGACCGUAGGCCAGAAUGGCAACGACUGCUACGUCUUUGGCUACGACGCCGACAACCACCUGAUUGAGAUCACGCGACUAAGCCUCUUGUCGCGCGUCGACUUGGCGCGUUUUGGGCUUGACACUGGCAAGCGUGUGCGCCCCGACGCCCUCGUGUCCCCAACAGCACCGGCACCCCACUUCGCGGUCGGCCGCGUGCACCUUCCGAGUGGCAACCGCGGUCUCGGGGUCGAGUUUGGCGCCGACAACUCGCCGUGGCUGGCGUAG